UGAAAGUUCAUCUAAGAACACACACUGGCGAUAAGCCUUACAAAUGCCAACAGUGUAGUUAUACCUGUGCCCAAAAAGGACUUAUGAAACGUCAUAUAAGAAAACACACUGGCGACAAGCCUUACAAAUGCGAGCACUGUAGUUAUACUAGCAGCGAUAGUGGUAAUUUGAAGGUUCAUGUAAGAAAACACACUGGCGUAAAACCUUACAAGUGCAAGUACUGUAGUUAUGCAUGUGUAAAAAAAGCAAUAUUGAAUGUUCAUGUAAGAACACACACUGGCGACAAGCCUUACAAAUGCCACCAGUGUAGUUAUGCUAGCAGUCAUAAAAGUUGUUUGAAGGUUCAUCUAAGAAAACACACUGGUGAAAAACCUUACAAAUGUGAACUAUGUAGUUAUGCUAGCAGCCAUAAAAGUCAAUUGAAGCUUCAUAUAAAAAGACACACUGGCGACAAGCCUUACAAAUGUGAUCAUUGUAGUUAUGCUAGCAGUCAUAAAAAAUGUUUGAAGGCUCAUCUAGAAAGACACAUUGGCCAGAAGCCUCACAAAUGCCACCAGUGUAGUUAUGCUAGUAGCAAUAAAAGUAAUUUGCAAGUUCAUCUAAGAAAACACACUGGUGAAAAACCUUACAAAUGUGAGCUAUGUAGUUAUGCUAGCAGCCAUAUAAGUCAUUUGAAGGCUCAUCUAAAAACACACACUGGUGAAAAACCUUACAAAUGUGAGCAGUGUAGUUAUGCUAGCAUCCAGAAAGGUCAAUUGAAAGUUCAUCUAAAAACACACACUGGUGAAAAACCUUACAAAUGUGAGCAGUGUAGUUAUGCUAGCAUCCAGAAAGGUCAAUUGAAAGUUCAUCUAAGAACACACACUGGCGACAAGCCUUACAAAUGCCACCAGUGUAGUUAUGCUAGCAGUUAUAAAAGUUAUUUGAAGGUUCAUUUAAAAAGACACACUGGUGAAAAACUUUACAAAUGUGAGCAGUGUAGUUAUUCUAGCAUCCAGAAAGGUCAAUUGAAAGUUCAUCUAAAAACACACACUGAUGAAAAACCUUACAAAUGCCACCAGUGUAGUUAUGCUAGCAGCCAUAAAAGUCAUUUGAAGGCUCAUCUAAAAAGACACACUGGUGAAAAACUUUACAAAUGUGAGCAGUGUAGUUUUGCUAGUACCCACAAAGGAAAUUUGAAUGCUCAUGUAAGGACACACACUGGUCACAAGCCUUACAAAUGUGAACAGUGUAGUUAUGCUAGCCGUACUAAAGGUUCUUUGAAGGUUCAUCUAAGUAGAAUCCAUUUAAAGAAACACACUGGAGAGAAACAAUACAAAUGUGGUCACUGCAGCUAUGCUAGUGAUGACAGAGAUGUUGUACGAAAACAUGAAAUUAUACACGAUGAUGAAAAGCGUCACACUGGAGAGAAACAAUACAAAUGUGGUCACUGCAGCUAUGCUAGUGAUGACAAAGAUGCUGUACGAAAACAUGAAAUUAUACACGAUGAUGAAAAGCGUCACACUGGCGAAAAACAAUACAAAUGUGGUCAUUGCAGCUAUGCUAGUGAUGACAAAGAUGCUGUACGAAAACAUGAAAUUAUACACGAUGAUGAAAAGCGUCACACUGGAGAAGAACAAUACAAAUGUGGUCACUGCAGCUAUGCUAGUGAUGACAAAGGUGCUGUACGAAAACAUGAAAUCAUACACGAUGAUGAAAAGCGUCACACUGGAGAAAAACAAUACAAACGUGGUCACUGCAGCUAUGCUAGUGAUGACAAAGGUGCUGUACGAAAACAUGAAAUCAUACACGAUGAUGAAAAGCGUCACAAAUGUGGCCAGUGUAAUUAUGCUACUAUUUAUAAAAUAAAUUUACAGAUACAUAAAUGCAAACAUUCCGAUGAGAUUCUUUACAAGAGACGCACAGAUCUCGAAGGGCAGCACAAAGAGUUAAAGUAUGGUGGAGCAGCGGCCAGCAGCAGGCGGCCCUCGCUCGCCGCGCACGGCGACGCGCGUGACGCCGCGCACGACCACACUUACAGCGCCGCUCCACCAGGCCUCGAGAGCGGCCUCGACGUGUCGGACGCGGAGAACAAGAGAAAGACAGACGAAGAAACGACCUUGACGAUGGAGUCGUCUGCUGUCGUCGCUGAGAGUAGCUGCGUGAAGGCUGAGCCCUGUGAGGAUGUAUGUAUAAAAGAAGAGACCACAUUCGAGACAGUCUCUGUGAAAACGGAGCCCUGUGAGGAUGUGUGUAUAAAAGAAGAGACCACGUUCGAGGGAGUGUCUGUGAAAGCUGAGCCUUUGGACGAUGUGUGUGUAAAAGACGAGUCGGCCGGCGUGAGCGCGGCGGCGGCGCUGUACACCUAUCACGUCAAGAAAGAUGAGCUCGUGCUCGGCCCCGUGCUGGUGGAGCGGCGCGGCGUGCGACCACCAACAGGUCAGGAUUCUAUUAAAGGGCAAACUCCAAGGAUGAAAUCAAGUGACAGAGAAAUAUACCUAUACAAAUGUGCCCAGUUUAGUUAUGCUAGCAGCAAUAUAGGACAUUUGAAAGUACAUGUAAGAAAACACACUGGUGACAAGCCUUUCAAAUGUGCCCAGUGUAGUUAUGCUAGCAGCCAUAAAGGUCAUUUGCAAGUUCAUGUAAGAAAACACACUGGCGACAAGCCUUACAAAUGUGAUCUGUGUAGUUAUGCUAGCAGCCAGAAAAGUUAUUUAAAUGUUCAUGUAAGAACACAUACUGGCGACAAGCCUUACAAAUGUGCGCAGUGUAGUUAUGCUAGCAGCCAUAGAGGACAUUUGCAAGUUCAUGUAAGAAAACACACUGGCGAGGAGCCAUACAAAUGUGAACACUGUAGUUAUGCUAGCAGCCACAAAGGUAAUUUGCAAGUUCAUCUAAGAAAACACACUGGUGAAAAACCUUACAAAUGUGAGCUAUGUAGUUAUGCUAGCAGCCAUAAAAGUCAUUUGAAGGUUCAUCUAAAAAGACACACUGGCGACAAACCUUACAAAUGUGAACAUUGUAGUUAUGCUAGCAGUAGUAAAUGUACUUUGAAGGUUCAUCUAAGAAAUCACACUGGUCAAAAACCUUACAAAUGUGAACAAUGUAGUUAUGCUAGCAGCCAGAAAGGUGCUUUGAAGAUUCAUCUAAGAAAACACACUGGUGAAAAACCUGACAAGCCUUACAAAUGUGAACAAUGUAGUUACGCUAGCAGUCGCAGUGAUCAAUUACGAGUCCAUGUAAAGCAACAUAAUGGAGAGAAGAGAGAAGCUAACAAGACUAUGGAAGAGUUAAAGUAUGCUGGAGCAGCGGCCAGCAGCAGGCGGCCCUCGCUCGCCGCGCACGGCGACGCGCGUGACGCCGCGCACGACCACACUUACAAUGCUACUCCACCAGAUUAG